CACCCGGAAGAGGAAGGACAAAGAAGGCGGACUCUGGAGGCUGUGCAGUGGAGCGCUCCGUCCUUUUUUCCACUCACCGUCUUUUGUUCUUUGGCAAAUUCAUCAGGUUUCCAGCCUGUUAUCUGCGCAGGUUUUCAGUCCAGCGGGUAAAAAUGUCGGUCGUGCAACCCAGUCGCUCGUCCGCCGGCUGGCCGCGCCGCGGCAGCGACCAGUUCGGGGCGAAAUACAUCAGCGGGCCCGCUAAACCGCUCACCCUGGAGAGGACCAUCAACCUAUACCCUCUCACUAACUACACGUUCGGCACCAAGGAGCCUCUGUACGAGAAAGACAGCUCCGUGGCUGCCAGGUUCCAGAGGAUGCGUGAGGAGUUCGACAAGAUGGGCAUGCGUCGGACAGUAGAGGGCGUCCUCAUCGUCCACGAGCACCGGCUGCCUCACGUGCUGCUUCUGCAGCUCGGCACGACGUUCUUUAAGCUGCCUGGUGGAGAGCUGAGUCCUGGAGAAGAUGAGGUGGAGGGUCUAAAGCGCUUGAUGACUGAGAUUCUUGGGCGGCAAGACGGGGUGAAGCAGGACUGGGUGAUAGAUGACUGCAUCGGUAACUGGUGGCGCCCCAACUUUGAGCCUCCACAGUACCCGUAUAUUCCAGCUCACAUCACUAAGCCGAAGGAGCAUAAAAAGCUGUUCUUGGUUCAGCUGCAGGAGAAAGCAUUGUUUGCCGUCCCCAAAAAUUAUAAGCUGGUGGCUGCGCCGUUGUUUGAGCUGUAUGACAACGCUCCUGGAUAUGGACCAAUCAUUUCCAGUCUACCACAGUUACUGAGCAGGUUCAACUUUAUCUACAACUAACCCGAACAGCAGUGUGGCUGUCUCUGUGAGUGCAGCCAGGAGCAUUGUGCCGAAAAGGACUUCCUCUCUGGUUUAUCUUUUACAAAACAAGCACCUGUCAUGUCUGGUAAAUAGAAAGUCUACAGGGGGUUGCUUUUGCUACUGUCAGGAGAAAAAUCAUAACGUAAGAAUUGCUUUUGUUUUGUUUUUUUAAACUUUUGUAACUGCAACUUUUUGUAGUAUGCAGUUCUCUGUUCCAGAAUGUCGCCAAUGUUUUGAUUAAAAAAAAAAUUACGUUGUGUUUCCUGUAGUUUUAACCUGUAACAAUCCUUUUUUUUUUUUUUUUUUAAAUAAAGCUGUGUUUUGAGUAUGUUUUUAUAAAGCACUGAAUGUUAAGUACUGUUUAAAAAUCUGAGUCAUGGGAAUUAAUAUCCUGUUGGACACAGUGAAAGGACUUUGCUGUGCAUUGAAACAAAAUCAUGUUAAUACCAUCACAGAUGCAGACGUUUACACUGCAGAGGUCCUGCUCCUUAACACAGAACUUGAUGCUGAACAUAAAACCUUAUUUAGCAGUGAGAAAAUGUGACCUACAGUCAGAGCGAAUAAAAAACCUUUUACAGCAUUUGCUUAAAUCAAACCACUUUAGGUGGACAAAUAGAAAUUAUGCUUUUUGAAGAGACAGACCCCACUUGCAGUAAUGCAUGUUGUCUGAGUUAAUUUUUCCCCUCAAACCUCAUGCAGUGCAUUUUUGUAAAAGCCUGAAUUCUAGUUACCCAGUUACACAUUUUGGAUGCACCUUCUAUGGCUCAGAAUCCAUUCCUUCAUGGCCCCGGGUGAGGAGAUUUACCCAAGCUUAAAGUGACUGAACAAAAAGUUCAUGUUUGUGUUGAAAGAUUGAAAAUCUGAUCCCAGGAUUUUUAUUGCUGUCACCCUGGAGGCAGGAAGAAAUGGCUUUAAAAUGGCUAACUGCACCAGUAAGAUAUCCUUAACACUUCUUUUUAAAAUGUUAUUCCUGUAGAAGUAUAGAUUAGAUUUUUUUUUUACUGUGUACAUGUUUUUUUACAAGUAUUUUCAACUUUUCUGUGGAUGGAUACCAUGCAUUGUACUGUUUUUAUGAUGUAGACUAACCAGGUGAUUGCAUGUAAAUGCAAUGCUGAAAUCAGAUGAGAAAUGUAAUUAUCCUUAAAUUCAUGUACUACAAUGGGCCAGACCUGUUCUCCAUAAGGCAGGAAGGGUUAAUUUCGUAAGUAAAUUAAACAUGUCUGUGUUUUGUU